UUGUAACUUCACGGGCCUGCCGCUCUGGGGUAUUUUCUCUCUGGUUGGAGCCAAAACUGAGGAGAGGAAGCGAGCGACGAUCUUCGGGCUGGGGUUUUCCUUUCUCGGAGGGCUGUCUUGCGCGUUGCCCGGACAGCGCGGAAGAUUUCUGCCAAGGGGGGAGGACAACCAAUCAAUGAGAAAAGCGAGCCAGCCCUAUCAGGUUAACAGCAGCAACAGCAAAAACAACAACAACAACAACCUACAUCCUUCAUGCCGCAGUCUUUUUAAGGAGGCAGCCAGGAGAACGGGCUCAAGCGACGGCGGCCGAGAAGGACCCUUUUUCUGCGCUGAACGUGACGGGGAGCUCGUGGCUGCCCGUCGAUUUUGCGCACGGUUCCAAGAGGCGCGAAUCUUCGUCCCGGUGCUCGAGCCAUGUCCGUCAGCGAGAUGUUCAUCGGCUUGCAGGGGGUGCUCACCGCCGACCAGGAUAUCCGCGAGGAGAUUAGGAAAGUUGUUCAAGCUCUGGAGCAAACUGCUCGGGAAAUUUUGACUGUGCUUCAAGGAGUCCACCAGGGUUCUGGAUUUCAAGACAUACCAAAGAAAUGUCAGAAGGCUCGAGAACACUUUAAUACUGUUAAAAUACAUCUGGCUUCUCUGAAAACAAAGUUUCCUGCGGAUCAAUAUUACAGAUUUCAUGAACACUGGAGGUUUGUGCUCCAACGACUGGUGUUCUUAGCUGCAUUUGUUGUCUAUCUGGAAACAGAAACCUUGGUGACACGGGAAGCUGUUACUGAAAUUCUUGGAAUUGAAGCUGAUAGAGAAAAAGGCUUUCAUCUGGACAUUGAGGAUUAUCUUUCUGGAGUAUUGACUCUUGCAAGUGAGCUGUCUAGGUUAGCCGUGAAUAGUGUGACAUCUGGGGACUAUUCUCGGCCCCUUCGCAUCUCUGUUUUCAUCAAUGAGUUGGAUUCAGGAUUCCGCCUGCUCAAUUUGAAAAAUGAUUCCCUGAGGAAACGCUACGAUGGCCUCAAGUAUGAUGUCAAGAAAAUAGAAGAGGUGGUUUACGACUUGUCAAUCAGAGGACUCAGCAAAACAGCAACCGGAGGUGCUGGUGAGGAGAAAUAGAAAAGGCUUCAUUGAACUGCAUUCAUUAUUACCUCAGUAAUGUGGCCAAUGAAAGAGAAGCUUUAACUGAGCUCUCUAGCAGUAAUGUAGAAGAACCACAAGCUACAAACUAUGUUUUUCCCCAUCUGAACACUUAGUAUACAUCUGACUUGAAAACCUUCUAAACUGUUCUGUAAAUCCCCCAUCUAGUGGACUGUGUUUGCAGUAUAUGUUAACUAUGUUACAAACUGUAUUUGUGAAUUAUGACCUUUAUCGUUUAAUAGUCCUGCAGUCCCAAACAUAGUAAUCAGUUGCUACUGUAUCUUAGUAUCAGGCUGAGCUAAUUCUUUCUGGACCUCUCCAUAAUUCACAUUUAGCACAACGAAUGCUCAUUUUAAAAGGAGCAUUUGUGUAAAUAUGUUUAUCAUUAGAAUGAAAUUAGAAUGUUUCAUUUUCUAUUGUUGUUAGGUUGUGAGAUUUCAGAUGUAAUGUCGAUUCAAUAAGUAAACGUAGGAAUUUAUUUCUAAAUCAUUAUAUAGUAGAGAGUCUGUAUUCUGAAGUAAGCAGAUUCUUAAACAUUGGGAAGAACUGAACCAUUCCUAGUUCAUUUAUAUGCAUAUCCUUAGUCUAUAUCCAGUUUUUUUUUAAAAUUGAGAACAUGAACAUGUGUUUGUGGUUUAGUGAAGGGCAAAGGCGAAUAUGCAAUUAACUUGCUUGGAAUCUGAACUUGAGUCAGAUAGUUAGUGGUCCAUUCAAUUUAAAAUAAGGUUCUAAGUAGAUCUUUAGCAAAUAGGGUGGAGAAAAAUGUCAGCUAAAUCCUAAUUAUGCUUUCCUGAAUGCAGGUUGUUUUCAUUCAACUCAUUUCCAGCAAACAUACAUAAGAUCACAACCUUAAAAUAGUAAGAUGAUGCAGAUGUUAAGCAAACUGACUUUAUAUGGCCACAUUGUUUCCUCUCCUAUGAUAAUAGUUGAUUGUGAUCUUCCCUGUCAUUCAGGCAUAAACUGCAUACUGUUUCUAAAAUGUAUAAUGACAUGUUUCUGUUUGAUCAUUUUGCAUAUACAAUGUUUUAUCCCAUUCUUUUUCCAUUGUUCGUGGGGUUUGUUUUUUUGAGAAAGAUUACCCAAAGAAUAAAAAACAUGUACUUUAUGAUAAUUCAUAUAAGCAUCCUUGUUAAUAAAGUUUUUCCUUGUUCUGGUUGUAUUUUUUAAAUGUUCAAUGGGAAGCGAAUACUUCCUUUGUUAAAGUUGUUAAAUAAAAAUAGACAUUUUUUUAAACAU